AUGAAGAAUCUCUUCACCGUCGUCAUUGCAGGUUCUCAGUAUUUGCUGCAUCCUCAAAAAUUGGGCACGAUUGAACAGACAAUCAACCCUGAUGCACUUAUUCCAGUCACACUUCUCACGACCAGCGAGAUCAACAGCGAUGUAGACGGCAUUCUGGAUCUAUUUGCAGCCGUAGAUGACGUUUUUCAGUCUGAUUUUGGCGGUAUCCUGGUAGAAAAGCCAGAGAAGGACAACACCAUCGGCCUCGUUCAGAAUAUAGUCCCCCGUAGCAGCAGGACUGUGGUCAGGUUACAGCGAAGUGAGGUUGAAGACAGGGCUGAAGGUGAUGCGCCUGGCUUUCGAGAUUUGCCUUCUGGCCCGUAUUUCCUUCAUGGGCCGAACCUUUACCAGGCGUGGAGACUCUAUGACGACGUCUUGGAUGCAUUUACCUUUGGAGUAAUCCCCAAUAGCAUAAAUGGCACUGAUGAUGGAUAUGAAGCGCUGUCAUCCCUCUCAGACAAUGGCUCGUUCAAGUCAAUUGCCGUACCGUCUCGCCUCUACCAUGCAGCACCGUCUAUUCGCAAACCCUUGUCUGGAGUCCGAAUAUCUAUCACCGAUGUGGCGUCCUUGAAAGGUGUUCGCACGACCAUGUCGAGCCGAGCCUGGACUGAGCUACACGACACUGAAGCAACCGAGACGGCAAAGUUUAUCGAGAGCCUCAUUGACAGGGGUGCUAUCAUUGUAGGCAAAACUAAAUCGUCGCAGUUUGAUUCCGGCCGAGAAUGGAUCGAUGUCGAAGCUCCGUGGAACCCGAGGGGUGAUGGAUAUCAAGAUCCAGGUGGAAGCGCAGCCGGUGCUGGGGCUAGCGUGAGCGGCUACGACUGGAUGGAAUAUGCUAUUGCGCAAGAUGGCUUUGACGGCAUCCGUGAGCAAGCCCGUGUCCAUGGCGUGUACUCGAUUCGACCGUCAGCCGGUGCUAUACUUCUGGAUGGAUGGCAGGUUGAUUCCCAGAAUUAUGCUGCGGCUGGCUUCUCGAGUCGUAGCCUGAAAGACUUACUCAAAGUUGUGCAGGCGGCAUCGAAUAUGACGGAUGACAGCGUCGCAUUUCCCAGACGGAUCAUUUAUCCUUCGGACUUUGCUUCCGUUUUUGAGGGAAAUCAGGCUCUUACAGACAAAUUUGUCGCUACAUUGGAGCAUUUCCUUGGCAUCCAAGCCGACAAGGUAAGCCUAUCAGAGAUUUGGGAUUCCAAGCCGCCAAGCGAGGCCGAUGGACAGAGCCUUGAAGAAUACAUGAGGCAGGCUCCCUUCAGCUCCUUUUGCGCCGAUUUCUAUCACCAAUAUGAGGAUUUCCGCCGAAGCUACAAAGAGAAACUUGGGCGUGCGCCAUAUGUCGAAGCAACUCCCCGUUUCAGAUGGGGCGUCGGCGAAAACGAGUCCGCAGACGACGACAGGCGUCACCGCGAGCGCAUUGAAGUCUUUAAAACGUGGUUCGCCGAGAACGCCAUGUCGACACUCCGGGGCUCCGAUAGCAUCAUGAUCCUCCCUUUCGGGUCUCAUCAUACAGUGCAUUACCGCGACGACUUACCACAAACACCGAGCAGAAUCGAUGGCAUUGGGCCUGGGACACUCGCUCCUCUUCUGGGACUGCCACAUCUUAUCGUGCCUUUCGCACAGACGACAUAUCACUCGCGAGUAACCGACAGGACAGAGAGCCGUCCCUUUAGCGGCUCCAUCAUGGGCCCGGCUGGAAGCGAUGUUAUGCUCAUUCAGCUGGUCAAGGCGGCGUUUGAGCAUGCAGAAUGGCGGUCACAGGUCGAUGCCGGGCGCCUGGCUUUUCCAGAAGGCUCUAAUGCGGAAUGA